GGUUAUUUGUAUAUUAUCUAUGCGGUAUGCCAUUGUCCAUUGUCAAUGGUACUGUAAGUGUAACGGAAAAUAGAGGCUGCGAGUGUGGAAGCCGGUGAAAAAACCAUUUACUAAAUGUUUUAUCAGAAUUCAGAAACCGAAAUCUCUAAUAUCUCUCAUGCAGUUGCUGAUAAAAUGAAUACCUACAUUGAUCAAAAAUUUGAAGAAUAUCUAACAUCUAAGGCAUUGCAUGAAACCAGUAAAUCACAAAUCGAUGAAAAAAAUUCAGCAACUGAAGCAACUAUGCUUGAAUUAACCGCAAAAUAUGAAGAUGCUGCCAAGAAAUUACAGGUAUCUACCGAAACUAUCACAGAACUGGAAAAGCAAGUUAUAUCUCUAAAUACAGAAUUAGAAAAAGCUCGAGAGAAAAUAACAUGUUUAGAAAAUGAAGCCAUUUCUCUUAAAAGUGCUAGAGAUGCUGCAGUUUAUGAAAGAAAUGAUUUAACCCGAAUAUUAGAAAGGCGUGAUACUGAAAUCGAAAGACUAACAGCUAAUCAAAUAUCAUUGUCUCGACAGCUACGUGCUGCUAUAGAUUCUAAAUGUGAAGCAGAAAUGUUAGCUUUGAAUGAUGAAAUACAAAGUAAAGAACUUUCUCUUCAAUACCGAGAAAAGCGUUUGGAUCAAGAAAGGGUUUUGUUAAAUUCUCAAAUUACUGCACUAACUGAAGAAGUAAAUAGACUUACAAUGGAAUUACAAACUAUAAGACUAAAUAAUACUAGUAGACUAGUAAGCCUGGAAGCACAACUUGCAGAAAAAAUUGAAGAGUUAAAAGCAGCUAAUGAAACAAUUGAGCAAUUGAAUGAAAUUAAAAAGCAUUUAUAUAACCGGGCUAAACACUUAAUACAACGCUUAAUGGAACAAAGAGAAGUAGAAGAUAAGAUGUCAGAAAAUUAUCAAAAAGAAAUAGAUGCAAAAUCAAAAUUGUCUGAUUUAUUUAAAACUAUGCAUGAUGAUGCUGAGGCAAAAACCACUGAAUUGAUUGAAGGUAUUUUAGAAUUACAAAAACUGCUCAAUAAAGCUAUUGAAAAAUAUGGUGAUCUUGAAACAAAGUAUAAACAGGCUGAAGUGGACCAUGAAGAGCUGAUGGACAAAAAAAAUGAAAUUAUUUCCUCAUUGAAAAACGAACUAGAACAUGCAAAUAAUUUGUUAAAAGCUGCUACAGCAAAAAAUCUGGAUAUGGCUCUUAGCGAUUUGUCCCCAUCUGCAGCUACUGCUAGUAAACUCAUAAAAUCAGGCAUGUCCUUGACUCAAAUAUAUUCACAAUUAGUUACAGUUACUGAUGAGUUAAGCCAGAAAAAAGAAGAAAAUAGGCAACUUAAAAUAACUCUUAAUGAAAUUUUCCAAGAACUUGAAGAAAAAGUCCCCUUGUCACAAAAACGGAGAGCAGAAUAUCUGGAAGCAAAGGAGAGCAAUGUAGCUUUGACACAACAAAUAGAGUCUUUAGUUAUUGAAUGUAACAGGCUAAGGGAUGAUUACUGUGAAGCAUCUAAAAUUUCUAAUCAUUACAGCCGUGAAAAUAAUUGCUUAAAAGGUGAACUGGCUGAUUUAGGUAGGCAAGUUUGCUUCUUGUUUAAAGAAAUUGAACAUACUCGAGGUAAUGGGGAUCAUGAUUUAUCAAAUACUACUAAUAUUACAAAUUCUUCUGACAUGAGUUCCUCACGGAUAAUAUCGAAGACAUUGGCAACAUUUAUUAACAUUCAAGAGCUGCAAGCAAAUAAUCAAAAACUUUUACGGGUGAUUCGUAAGUUGACAGAUAAACAAGAAGAGUUAGAACGCCAUAAAGAACAAUUUGAGAGUGGAGAAAUGGAGAAAAAAAUCGAAGCUUUGAAGCAAAGAGUCACUGAAUUAACAGAAGCUCAAGAAACACAAACUAAAAUGGUAAAUGGCCUUAUAAGACAGCGUGAUAUGUUUCAAAAGCUUUAUCAUGAUCAUAUGAAAGGCAAACGUCAUGAAAUGUCUUCAGUCAUAGAUACUUCGGACUUGGAAAAGGAUGAAUCACUUAUAAUGGACACAUCAGAAAAUCUUCAGAAACCUGCUGUAGUCGAAGUUUCAAAUUUUGAAGUAAAAUAUAAAGAAACUGAGAAACAACUUGAGUUUUUAAAAGAAGAAUAUAAAACUUACAAAGAAGAAAAACUUACGAACCAGAGAAUGUUAUUUGAGCAGAUUGACAACAUGAGACAAAAAAUAGCAAUAUUAACAGCAGCAAAUAGUAAAUGUGCGUCAAUUUCAGAAUUUAAUAAUGAAAGAUUAAAAAUAUUGCAAACCAACAUUGCCACAUACAAAAUACAAAUUUCAUUAUUAGAAGAUAAAAAUAAAGCAUACAAUGCUACUAUUGCUAAGCACGAAGUUUCAUUGCAACAUUUAAGAGAGGAAGUUUUGAAUGCACAGGGAAAGCUAGCAACUGCAGAAAUACAAGUUGAAAACUUAAAGUUAGAAAAUAAGUUAUUAAAAGAUGCGAAAAUGCGCUUGCAGACUGAAAAAAAAUUAAUAAAUAGAGAGCGACAAGGUCAGUCUUUGCUUUUGAAAAAUUUAGAAAUUAUAAAAACAAGCUUGGAACGCAUUGAAACCGCAAAUCACGCUAAAAUAGAAACAAGACUCGGUGAACCCAAAGACGCAGCAAAUGCGAUGAGAAAAUAAAUUCAGCAACUCAGAAAUAACUUAAUUGAGAAAGACAAAGCAAAUGAAGAAAUAACCAAAAAACUUACAAGUUGCGUUGUCACCAAAUACUGAUGGAUCGCUAGAUACUAUAAAGAAAAUUAAAGAACUUGAAAUUAAAUUGUCAGAUAGUGAUAAUGAAAUAAAGUCUCUUUUAGAACAGCUCAACACUGCAAAAGAACGACGAUAUUAAAUUUUCUACGACGGAAUCUACGGGUAAUUUGUCCAUAACUUGAAUGCCGAGUUCAGGAAUUCCUUUAACGAAUGCUUGUAAAGUACUUUGAGCCUGUUUGUGGCAAUAUUUCUAUUGAAAAAGAUAAACAAAGAUAAAUAAAUAAUUUAAAUAAAUAAA